AUGGCCGAAUUUACCAUUCCAGAUGAUAUUCUUUCCAAUAUCAAAGAUCAAGUCAUCUUGAUUACCGGCGGAUCCUCAGGUAUCGGUCGCACAACCGCCGAACUAUGCGCCAACCUCGGCGCCAAAGUCGUCAUCGGAGACUUGAAACCUCCCCUCAUCGACCCCCCUUCCGACCCCCUCCACACAAACAUCAAAUUCGUCCCCGUCGACGUAACUUCCUGGCAAAGUCUCCGCCUCCUCUUCGACGAAACCGACAAACUCUACGGCGGCAUUGACCACGUCUUCGCCAACGCAGGCGUAGCUCCCACCACGGACUUUCUCAACCUCCACCCUCUCACGCCCGAACAACUCGAACCGCCUGAUCUGCGCACCAUCCAGGUCAAUCUCACCGCAUUGCUGUACACGGUGCACCUGAGCACGGCGUACAUGAAGAGUCUGGCGAGUCGGCGUCCGCUGCGCCCAACGGGGAGUAUCGUACUGGCGGGGUCGGCCACUUCGUAUCAGACGUUUCGGGCGGGGGAUUAUACGAUUGCCAAGCAUGGAGUGUUGGGGAUGAUUCGGGGGAUGACGGUGCAGUUGGAGGCGGAGGGGUCAAUUCGGUUGAAUGCGGUGACGCCCUCGUGGACGGAGACGGGGAUCAUUCCGACGAUGGGGGCGUUGCGCGAGAUGGGGGUGCAGGUGCAGGCGCCCGAGGUGGUGGCGAGGAGUGUGGUGUUGUUGUUUGCGGAUGAGAAGAGGCAUGGUGAAGUGAUUUAUAGUUGGGCGGGGAGGUAUAAGGAGGUGAAUAAGGCGGGGGGGGGAUUGUUGUCGGUGGUGAAGAGGUUGAAUUUUGACGGAGAUCAUCCAAAUGAGGAUAUGCAGGCGUUGUGGGAGCAGAUGACGAAUUCGUGA